AUGUCGCGGCAACUUCAAGGGCGGUGUACAUUUUGCGGAUGGGGCUAUGACAAAAUCGUCAAAGUCUUCGAGACCUUGAACGUUGACUUUUUCUACCUGGAAUAUGACACACCUCGCGCGAGGAGCUUUGAACUAUUGCAAUUUUACCCUAGAAACAAGGCUGUGGUGCUGGGCCUCGUUUCGACCAAGAAUGCUCAAGUCGAAGACCGGGACUACAUCAUGACUCGUCUUGAAGAGGCCGCGAGAUGCCUCGGUGAUACAAAGAAAGAGCGUAUCUCUAUCUCGCCAUGA